AAGUGUGGCCGUGCCGGCGUGCAUGUCCGUAGGCAGCGAGCGAGCGAGCCUACGAGAGAUGGCGGCCGCACACAGAGCCUUAUUAUCCCCGUUAUGCACCGCAGCUCAUGUCCAAGAUGGCGCCCCUGAUCGGGCGGGAGAUGACCGAGCGGCUGUUCCUGGAGCGGUUCACGCGCCUCUGCUCCGACGCCCUCUUCCAGGUCCGCAAGGUGUGCGCCUCCAACUUCGGCGACUUCUGCAGCGUGGUCGGCACGCAGCCCACCGAGGAGGUCCUGGUGUCCCGGUUCGUGUUCCUGUGCGAGGACGGCGUGUGGGGCGUGCGGAAGGCGUGCGCGGAGGUCUUCAUGGGGGUGUCGUGCGCCUGCUCGCUCCCCACCAGGAAGAACAAGCUCUCCCCGCUCUUCGUCUCCCUCCUCACAGAUCAGAGCAGGUGGGUGCGCGUGGCGGCCUUCCAGAACCUGGGCCCGUUCAUCAGCACCUUCGCCGACGCCGCCGUCACGGGCCUGCACUACAACGAGGAGGGCGCGCUCGUCAUCGGCACGCCGCAGGGACCCGCCGCGCACGCGCAAGAGUGA